AUGGAAGCAAUUGCGCUUGUACCGACUAUAGAGGCACUUUUACUGCAGAACUGCAAGGAAAAGAAGAAACAGGCAAUUGAUUUGAUAAUCAAGAAUGUAGGGCUAGUUGGAUUCCUAUUGAAGGGCGCACUUCAGCAUAUUCAGCCAGAGUCUGACCCAGAACAGAAGGAACUCCUUCACCUCAUCUCAUCCAUGAUAUAUUUCUACACGCAGCAGUAUGAUGAGUGUGUGCACCACAUGAUUCAUUCUGGGAAUGAGUGGUUUAAAGCCUCGGAGAAUCACUGCGAGACUCUUUCUUUGUACUUCCAAGAAUCCAAAAACAGAAUAAUUAGGAAAUACAUUAAAACACAGGGAGCCCACGGGGAAGAAAUGGAAGCAUUUAUGGAGACUCUUCUGUCUCAGAAGAAUGAAGAUGGACACGAUGUAUUUUCAUUACUGGGACUGCACAUAACCACAAAGAACAUAGAGGGGAUUGAUCUUUUCAUAAAAGAAAACAUGCAAAUUCUCUGCAAUGAUGUGCAAAUGAAAUUCUUAGUUGAAGAGGCCAAGCAAGCGCGAAUUUACUCAAAAAUAUUCCCUGUGAUAGAAGAGAUUUGGAGUACUGGAAAAAAUAAGAGCUAUUCUUUGUUCUUCUACAGAUACCUUUUGGAUGCAUAUUUAUUCAGAAAGGAUGAAAAGGAACUGAAAGACUUCUUAAAGUAUCUGGCAGAGGAAAGGACCGAGGUUGCAUUGUGCAUGGCUUUCUUGGUGCAUGACAAAGCGCCUGGUAUGUCCCAGAGCAUUUCAGAGGACAUACAGCAUGCCUCAGUUCAUAAGCUGCUGACCGGCCAGUUCCAGUCUACCACCUAUCAGAAGUUCUUGUCGGAAAAGAACCAGGCAAACUUUGCUCUGCUUGCAGAGCUGUCAAAGUCACAGAGCUCAAAGCUUUCUAUGAACCAUAUGUCUCUGAGUUUCUGCAACGGGAUAAUGAACUGUAAAACAGCAAAUGAUACCUAUCUAAGAAAAAAUCUAGAGUGGAUGCGGCAGGCAAAGAACUGGUCUAAGUUUGUUGUGGCAUCAUCCUUUGGUAUGAUUCACACCGACAGCGAAGAUCCUUUUGAGAUGCUGCGGCAUUAUCUUCCAAUGGCAUCAAUAAAGAGCUCAGAAAAGGACGACCCAGAGAGUGGAGGUGCGUUAUUUGCUCUUGGGCUUAUUUCAGUCAACUCUCCAUCAAUUGCAGAUAGCUUCUUGAGCACUUUCUUUGAUACGGAAAUGGAGAGCAGAAGAAAUCACAUCCUGCACGGCGUCUGCCUGGGCCUUGGUCUUACGCGCCUGGGCACUGGAGAUGAAGACUCAAUCAACAGGUUCAAGAGUGUUUUGUACUCAGACACAGUGACCACAUCAGAGGCAGCGGCAUACGCAAUUGGGCUGGUGAGCGCUGGAAUAUUUAACUUAGAGCUGAUAAAAGAGCUUCUGACAUACGCAAGAGAUACAGAGCAUGAAAAGAUCUCCAGGGCAGUCGGUGUAAGUGUAGCCCUGCAGCUAAUCACUGCAGCCUCCUCUGGCACAGCUCCUAUCUCUGAGAUGCAGAGCCUGUUAGAUGAAAUCGUUGCAGACUCAAAUGCAAUCAUUAGAUACACAGGCGCGCUUGCUCUUGGUGCAGCAUAUGUUGGCACUGGGAAUCUUACUGUUGUUGGAAAGCUCCUCUCUAUGGUCAGCACAGACUCAUCUGAUGAUGUUAAGAGAAUUGCUGUGUUCAGCAUUGGUCUAAUCCUUACAACCAAGUCAGAAACAUGCAAGGACAAGGACAGUCUCCUAGGAAGCGAUCCUGUUCUCUUUAAAGUGCUUGAGCCUCUUGCACAGAGCCACUCUUCAUACGUUAGGUCCGGAGUAGCGCUUACCCUGGGAAUGUUCUUGGCCGGCACUGGGAACAAGAAGGUUCUUGAUGUUUUAGAAGUGCUUAUGUACGAUAGCACCACCUAUGUUAGACAAAACGCAAGCAUUGGAGCCGGGCUAGUACUUAUGCAGGUGAAUGCAAGAGAUGAUCCAUUUUAUAAAAGAAUUGUUAAGCAUAUGCACAGCAUGACAAAAAGAAAGAGUGAAAGCGGAGCCGCGCGGUUUGGUGCUCUUCUUGGCCGCUCUUUACUUGAUGCAUGCGGAAAGAAUGGGUUCAUGAGUAUCUUUGGAAUGUCAGGCGACCUUUCUAUAAAAAGCGUGUGCGGUGCCAUCCUGUUCUCGCAGUACUGGCACUGGUAUCCUCUAGUUCCUUUCAUUUCUCUGUGCAUGCGCCCAACUCUUUUACUUGCGGUCGACACAGACUUAAAUCUUGUGAAUGACUUUUCUGUGGAGAUAGAAGGCCCCCAAAAGGAGCAUUUAAUUACAAAUGUAUCAGUGGCUGAGAGUAAGAAGCCAGGGAAGAAGUUCAAACUGCUCUCUCUUUCCGGGGAGGCGCAAGAAGAAGAAGAACAAGAAGAACAGCCAUCAGAGGUGGAUGAAAUAGAAGAAAAGUCUCACAUUGUAAAAAACUUUGAAAGAUUCACGCCAGCACAGCAAAGAAACUCUUCUUUAGCAGGUCUGCCUUCUAUUAUUUUUCUGCCGAAAAAUAAGCCAUCCCAUGAGUCCAGCCAGAUUCAAGAGUCCGCAGAAAUAGAAGAAUAA